AUGUUGAGCAUGGACGCCACCAUGGGAAGCAUCGCCCCAACGGGCCUCAAGGGCAAGUUGGCCGCCCUGGAGGACUUCAUCUCCAUGCAGAACGAAGAGCUGGCGGCGCAGCGGCAGGAAAUCGAAAGCCUGCGCGGGGACAAAGCUGGCAUCGAGGAGCACUACCAGGGACAACUGCAAGAGCUCAAGAAGACCAUGGUCGGCGACGUCCAACGCCUGCAGGACGAAGUCAAAAGGCACUUUGCCCAACACAAGGCGGAGAACGCCCGCCUUCAGCAGCAGAUCACAACCCUGAAGGGGGAGAAGACGUCCCUGCAGCAGCAGAUCCUGGGGCUCCAGCGCCGCAUCCAAGAGAUCGAGGAGCAGGUUGGUGCAGACUGA